AUGCUAUUCAAACAGCAGGCAUUGCUGAGACAGAAGCUCUUCGUUCUGGGCAGCCUUGCUAUCGGAAGUGUCCUCUAUCUCGUGGCCAGGGUUGGGACUUUGGAUAGGCUACAGCCCAUUUGCCCAAUUGACAGCAGAUUGUCCACCCCUGAACCAGAGCAAAUUCCUCUCCGCACUCUGCAGUUUAAGCGCGGCCUGCUACAUGAACUUCGUAAGGGCAAUGCCACCAAAGAGCAAAUCCGCCUGCACAACCUGGUCCAGCAGCUGCCUCAGGCCAUCAUCAUCGGGGUGCGCAAAGGAGGCACCCGUGCUCUGCUGGAAAUGCUCAACUUGCAUCCGGCAGUUGUCAAGGCUUCACAGGAGAUCCACUUCUUUGACAACGACCAAAAUUACGCUCGGGGCAUUGACUGGUACAGGGGAAAAAUGCCCUUCUCCUUCCCUCAUCAGAUCACCAUUGAGAAGAGCCCCGCUUACUUCAUCACAGAUGAAGUCCCUGAACGCAUAUUCAAGAUGAACUCUUCCAUCAAGUUGUUGAUCAUUGUGCGCGAGCCUACCACCAGAGCUGUGUCUGACUACACCCAAGUGCUGGAGGGCAAGGAACGCAAAAAUAAGACCUACCACAAGUUUGAGAAGCUGGCUAUUGACACCAACACCUGCGAGGUGAACACAAAGUACAAGGCAGUCCGGACCAGUAUCUACACCAAACAUCUGGAACGUUGGUUGAAGUACUUUCCCGUGGAGCAGUUUCACAUUGUAGAUGGGGAUCGCCUUAUUACGGACCCGCUGCCAGAGCUGCAGCUUGUCGAGCGCUUCCUUCACCUCCCCUCAAGGAUCAGCCAGUAUAACCUGUACUUCAACUCCACCAGGGGAUUUUACUGUCUGCGAUUUAACAUUGUCUUCAACAAGUGCCUGGCAGGCAGCAAGGGCCGCAUCCAUCCGGAGGUGGACCCAUCAGUAGUGACUAAACUGCAAAGGUUCUUUCAUCCCUUCAAUCAGAAGUUUUACCAGAUCACUGGUAGGACAUUCAACUGGCCAUGAUGAGCUUGAACUCCUCUGACGAGAUUCUUUGGAUUGGUGUUUAUUUAAAAAUGCCGAAUUCUUUGAUCUCAAAAGAAAUUAAUAGCACUUUGAUGGCAUUUAAUACCAGAAUGACAGUGUGACCAAAUAUCAAAAGAACUUGAUGUAAGUUUGUUUUUACAUGUGUGCAAAAAAAACAACAAAAUAGUUUAAUGGUUUGACUAAAAGCUGCAGUUCAAAGCACUUGAUCUUGCAAAUGAACUCACCUGUCUGUGUUCCUCCUGAAGACCCCCCCCCCCCCCC